AUGUCCCUGGCCACUCCAGGCCAUGCGCAUGCGGAUUCAUCAUUCUUCGUCGCCGAAUCGCACCAAAAACCCACAAUAGCCGAACCAGGUACGCACAUGGAGCAGGUCACACAGUCGAGGUCGGGGCGAGGGUCAACAACGGGUGACGCCCCGAAUCAUCCCGCAGUGGCUACCGCACAAGCGACUGCAGUUGCGAGCGAAUCCUCGUUACAGAGCACAUCCAGCCCUCGUGGAGGAACAAAAGAGACGAACAAGCGGAGUGUAGACUAUGUGCUGAGGAGUGGACUGGCGGGAGGCUUAGCCGGCUGUGCGGCGAAAACGGUGGUCGCACCGCUGGAUCGGGUUAAGAUUCUCUUCCAGGCAUCGAACCCUCAAUUUGCCAAAUACACCGGCAGCUGGUUUGGCCUGGUGUCUGCAGUGCGCGACAUCAAACAUCAUGAGGGGGCGCGAGGCCUCUUUAAAGGCCACUCCGCAACGCUUCUCCGCAUUUUCCCCUAUGCCGCGAUCAAGUUUCUCGCUUAUGAGCAAAUCCGCGCGGUGAUCAUUCCGUCACGAGACAAGGAGACGCCGUUCCGUCGAUUAAUCUCGGGCAGUUUGGCGGGGGUCACGUCGGUGUUUUUCACAUAUCCACUGGAGCUUAUUCGUGUGCGGUUGGCGUUCGAGACCAAGCGAUCUUCUCGUUCGUCUUUCACCGACAUCUUUCGGCAGAUCUACCACGAACGGGUUUCGCCGCCCUCCGCCCCCAAUGCCCCGCCUGCAGGACAAGGUCCUGCACCAAACAUCACCGCGGCCGCUGAGGGUGUCUCGUCAGUCGUCAGUAAAGCUGUCCCCAGCUCGGGUCUGGCCAACUUCUACCGGGGCUUUGCCCCGACCAUCCUGGGCAUGCUCCCAUAUGCUGGUAUCUCCUUCCUCACCCACGAUACGGUUGGGGACUGGCUUCGUUUGCCAGCCAUCUCCCAAUACACGACGAUUCCCGGAUCGGAGACUACGAACCGAAAAGGCUCCCGUCGGCCUCAAUUGACCGCCGCCGCCGAGCUGUUUUCGGGUGCCCUCGCUGGCCUGGUCUCACAGACAUCCUCCUACCCCCUGGAAGUGAUCCGUCGGCGAAUGCAGGUUGGCGGCGUUGUGGGCGAUGGCCGUCGUCUUCGCAUCGUCGAAACAGCUCGCAUCAUCUGGAUGGAGAAGGGAUUCCGCGGGUUCUGGGUCGGGCUGACGAUCGGCUAUAUCAAAGUGAUACCCAUGGCAGCGACGGCGUUCUUCGUCUAUGAACGGUUAAAGUGGACGUUGGGAAUUUAA